ACUAUUUUCCAUAUUCAGCCAAACCUCUUUUUGCAUAGAUACAUGUGUAAAAACAGAACAUUCAUAGAGAGGGCAGAGUGCCAUCAAAGGUAAUUAUAGAGACAGUAAAGUUAUUUUAUGCCAGGAAAAAUAUAAUGCUGGCUGUCUCAUGGACCUUCAGCACCUGAUUUCAAAAGGAUCAUACCGAUAGAAAAUAAAAUUUAGCAUGGUGGACCGUUCUACAGGAUAUGUUUGUCAAUGGAAUUUUUCCACAUACCAUACUACUAACAUGAGAAAAAAAUGAUUGUUGUUGAUUUCAAGCUUGAAACCUGAAAAUCUAUUGGUUUUCCUCCUUUCGGCUGUCUGCAACUUUUUUCCACGGACACCAUUUGCCAAUCUCAGGGCAUGUCAGCCACACUGGAGACUUUAUAAACUAUACUCCUAGCAAUGUGCAGGCCAGAAUGGCCAAACAGCAUAGUCCUGCUUCUCUGUCUCUGUUAUAAUACUCGAAAAAUGAGCAGGCGGACUUGUUGGAUUUGCAAGCCUUGCAGAGAUGAAUCUCAGAGGCUCCCGUCAAACAUUACUUUGGAAGAAGUGUUACAGUGGGCCCAGUCUUUUGAAAAGUUGAUGGCUACGAAAUAUGGUCCAGUAGUCUAUGCAGCAUACUUAAAAAUGGAACACAGUGAUGAGAAUAUUAAAUUCUGGAUGGCAUGUGAAACCUAUAAGAAAAUUGCCUCACGAUGGAGCAGAAUUUCUAGGGCAAAAAAGCUUUAUAAGAUUUACAUCCGGCCACAGUCCCCUAGAGAGAUUAACAUUGACAGUUCAACAAGAGAGACUAUCAUCAGGAAUAUUCAAGAACCCACUCAAACGUGUUUUGAAGAGGCUCAAAAGAUAGUGUAUAUGCACAUGGAAAGGGACUCGUAUCCCAGGUUUCUAAAGUCAGAAAUGUACCAGAACCUUUUGAAGACUAUUCAGCCCAACAAUUCCUAACUAAUACUCAAAAGUUUAAAUUGAAGAUGGUGUAUUGAAAGUACUGGCUUUGUUUUUUUUAAUUCACACACACACACACACACACACACACACACAAUCAGAAGUAGAAUAGGAAUGAAAUAGAAAAAAAAAACUAUAAAUUAAUUUCUUCUAAUUCUCAAAAAAAAAAAAAAACAGAUCCCCAAAGGGAUGGGGUCCAGAAGAGUUACAAUAUGAAUAACAUAAUUUAUGGCAUGCCUAUGUAGCUCAGUUAACAUAUGAGGAGAAGGAAGGUCUUCAUUACACCAAUAUUAGAAAGUUUUUAUUUUAGUAGUCAACAAAUGGAUGUUUUCUUAUUAAUAAAAUUUUGCUCGCAUAAUGCAUAGAUGAGUUCUUUAGAAAUUGUAGCUAUAUGAGUUGUCUCUGGCAUGAGUGCACUCCAUAGAUGGAGUGUUUGUAUUAACUAAUCAGUAGACAAACUUGGUAUUUGAAGACAGUCAAUGGUAUAAUAUCAUGAGCAAUAUAAAAAGAUGUGUUCUUGAGAGAUAUUUUAUCUGUAAAUUUUUUCUACUAUUAUACUCAAACUAAAUAUAAUAUAUAACAAAUAUCUUCUACAUGUGAAAAAAUCAUGGUGAUUGUAUGCUAUUAAGAACGUAUAAAAUACUUCAUUUAUUCUUAUAUUGAUAUAAAAGUAGAAAAUUUGGUUCCUAUAUUUUAAGAAUUGUCCUCACAAUGUGAAUUUAUACUGGUCCUGGUAAUCAAUAAAUCCAAAUAUAAUCUAAAAACUUUUAAA